AUGAAAGAUCAUUCUUUUGAUUUUAAAAAUCACCGAUUGAAUCUAGAUAUAUACAUAAUUUUUUCUUCUUUCUUCCUUCCUUUCGUUCUUUGUUGCUUUUCUUCCUUCCUUCUUUCGUUCUAUCUAUCUAUCUAUCUAUCUAUCUAUCUAUCUAUCUAUCUAUCUAUGGCCUUAUUAUAUUUACACAUUACGUUCAUACAUCUAUCUCAGUCGUUUUUGCAUUUGUGCUUGAAUCUAUCUAUCUAUCUAUCUAUCUAUCUAUCUAUCUAUCUAUCUAUCGUAUUUUGCUGUAAAUUCUUAAUAUUAAUCUUUUUUAUUUGUCUUUUUUCUAUUUUCUCUGCUGUCUUCCUUUCUCUCUCUUUUUCUAUGAGUCUAUUGUCUCUUCCUUUCUUCCUCUCUCUCUUUUUCAUUAUUCUUAGAAUAAGCUUUAUUUUCUUCUGUACAUUUUUUUAUUCGAUUCUUUCCUAUUUUUUCAUAUCCUUUCUUUCUUUCUUUCUUUUUUCUUUCUUUCUUUCUUUCUUUCUUUUUUUCUUUCUUUCUUUCUCGUUCUUUUUUCGUUUCAUUGUCAUUUUCUUCAUCUCCUUUUCUUCAUUUUUCAUCACGACUAAAUCCUUUCCCCCACACUCCACGAUAUUGGCCACCGUUUUCUUCAUUUAG